GUAGAAUCUCUGUAACGAAUUCCGGGGAUUUGCGCUGGGUGCCAGCAUCAGUAAAGCGUGGGAGGGUAGAGUAGAAGGUCGGGAAGGCCGUUUAGAUUCAGUAAAUAGGAGGGUUAGGCGACUUGGGAUAUCCUCCAGUGUGAUUGCCGAGCUUGAGAGGGAUUCCGACGUGUUUCUCUUCGGAAAGGAGCGCAGUCUGUCGCUUGAAGGCCGUCCUGGUCCUAGAACCAUCAGCGAGUACCGUAGGUCAGAAGGGUGGACGGAUGAAGGUAGAGAACGUUCGUUCGAAUCCCCAUCGUCUCUAGACGAGCUCCGUCAGUACGACCUGGUCGCGAAUCGCUGGGACGGAGGCUUGUGGUUGACGAACAUCAACGGCCACGGAAACGCUCGGACAAGUUCACGUGAUCGGAUUCUUAGUAUUGAACAUGAGCAGCAGCCAAGCGGGGACUGGAAGAACAUUAGCGUUGUAGAAGAGAUUCUUCCAGAAAGCUCUAGCGUGACUCAGGGAACUUAGAUUAUGCUUGCUCAAGAACCGAGGAAGGUAACGGACAGGAUCCGCGUUAUACGAUCAGACAGGAUCAGCCUUGUGUGAUAAGACAGGACCAGCAUUGCAUAAUCAUGGAUUUUCUCAGCCGGGCUACAGCCAGUGCGGACCAUCAUGGUCAGGAAGGGAUUCCCGAGGAGCCAGACUACGCUAUCCGUUGUUAUGCCACCAAGCACUCAUGGAGAGGACGGUACAAGCGGGUCUUCAGCGUGUCAUCCUCCGCUAUAAUCACACUCGAUCCUCACUCGCUCGCGUCGACCAACCACUACACCCUCGCGUCGGAUUAUGAAGGGAUUGUGGUGGCUCCUCCGCUGGGAGGGAAGGAAGACGGACAGGCUCUGGAAUUCACGAUCAAUGUGCGCACGGAUGGUCGUGGCAAGUACAAGCCCAUCAAGUUCUCUGCACGUCACCGUGCAUCGCUGCUCACAGAGUUGCACAGGGUGGUAGCAGCGCUGCAUCCUCACCCGUCUCGUGCCCUCACCACGCCCUCCACGGUCUUCCCUGUUCUCUGCCUCCGCCGCCGCUCCCAAACAUGGGUACCUCGUGCCAUGCGCGUCUCACCGGUGGGAAUCGAGGUGAUCCAAGCCCCCGUAGAAGCAGUGGCUGCUGCUUCCACCCCCACACCGUCCUCACCGUCAUCCUCCAUAGCAGCAGCCGUGCGCUGGAGCGUGGAGUUCCAGGGUCUCGCCUCCCCCGCUGUCACCAUUCUCGCAAGCCCAGAGGAGGUCGCAUCUGGUGCAGGUGCACCUGGUGGAAGCUCGUCUGGAGGGCUUUUUGGUGUGCGAAGGGGGUCGGGGGGGAGGGAAGAUGGGGGCUUUGUUCUGCGCCUGGGGUUUGGAAGGCGGGCAAAGGCAAUCACCGCUACUGGGGGAUGUUCCAACUCAGCCAUCCUGUCAAAGAUUGUUGACACAGCCAAGGGCUCCAUAGGGCGCGCUCUUACAGUGGACACCACCUCUCGGCCGAGCAUCACCGACUUUGUGUCACAGACUGCUCUGGGUGGAGUGGGGCCCAACGAGCCCCCUCUGGGGGAGUGGUCCGUCACUCUCGUCCGCCACUCUGCUCUGCUUCCAGACUCCGCUCCUCGUACUUCCUCUGCGACCGCUGGUGGUGGGGGUGCUACCUCCAGUAACAGCAGCAGUGGCCAAUCAGGAGGCCGCAUGGGUCUUGGGAGUGGAGGAGUGGAAGGGGAUUUGGUCGUGGAGCAGAGCGGCUCGGCUCGGCAGUUUGUGGUGACUCGGCACUACUUUGUGGAGCGCAACCCGGUUACAUAUGAGGCCACAUACAUGCGUCAGCUCACGACAGUGUCUGCCCUUGUGCGGUGGGUGGAGGAACCCCAGCUGCUCGCUCUGGAGUUUGUUGAUGGCGCUCCUAUCCUGGUGUACCGCUGUGCCGCACGAGAUUCUCUCCUUGCAGCCCUCAAAGAUGCGAUUGAAACCGAGGCGUGCCAGCCGGUGCCUGUCAUCGCUCGCCCCACUGCCACCGGCCACAGACUAGACGGCCCCUACGGCGACGCCUUCCAAGCCUGCACCCCACCAUCCCCCGCCUCCGCCCUCCCAUCCUCCUCCUCCUCUUUUUCCCACACAGCCACCGCCACUGCCCCUACAUUCUCCUCCUCAGACGCAACUCCAGGAGCAGCAGCAGCGGCGGCGGCUGUGGCAGCAGUUGCAGCGUCUGCAGCGCUGGAGCCGUCCGCUCUCUCCAUGUCUCGCAUCGGCCAGGGACUGUUUGGUGACCUUGAGGGGGAUCAGCUCAUGGUGAAGCACCUGGCAGCGGCAGCAAAGGACGCAGUGUCCGAUGGGGGAACCAUCCCUGGUUCAAAGACUCGGCUGUGGCGGAGAGUCAGGGAGUUUAAUGCCUGUGUGGCCUAUUCAGGACUUUCGGCUGGAACUGACGUGCCUGAUGUUGUGAUCAUGGCUGUUCUUAGCAUGCUGCCGAGUCCCCCUGCUCCUCCUGCUGGUGGCGAUUCUGCUUUUAGUGCAGCAGCGAUCCUCCCUGCGCCGUCCCCUAGAGCAGCUGCCACCCACAUUGGGCUGCUAGCGUGUUUGCGGCGCUUGGUGGGGGCAAGUGGCGCGUUCUCAUUGGUUGUGGGGAUGCCGGGAGCAGUGGGGAGGAUCAUGGGGCUUGUGCGGAGUGGGUCAGAGGCAGUAGCAGCAGAAGCACUUGGCCUGCUGCGAGCCAUCAUUGCACUUCCACUCUCUGCCCGGAAGGCAGCCAAUCAGGUUGGAGCAGCUGGUCAGGGCUCAGCAGCUGCCAGUACAGCGUGCUCCAAAGCCAUGGCUGCUCGUGCUGCUGCCAAAGCUGCUUUCUUCCCCACUCCGGUCCAGGUGGCAGCAGUGGUGAAUCGCCUCAAGCCACGGUCGGUGUCACCUCUACUGUCAGCUGCAGCAGUGGCGGUGGCUGAGGCGCUGGUGUGCUCUCCUGACAGCGACACCACACAGGAUGCAAUCUUUCAUGAGACGCUGCGGCAGGUCGCUAACCUAAAGCGCCGCCUCUUUGCUCUCUUCGCGCAUCCGGCCGAAGGCACACGAGAAGCAGUGGCAGUCAUCAUGUGCACCAUCGCAGAAGAAGACGAGGCCGCCGCUCGGCCCAUGCGCGACGCCGCCCUAAAAGACGGCGCUUUCCUGCGGCACCUAAGCAACAGUGUGGCAGCAGUGGGGGGAGAGAGGCGAGAGCUGAGCCGACAGCUGAUUGCGCUAUGGGCUGAGGGACAUGAGCCUAGCCUGGAGUUAAUCAGAAGGUGCUUCCCUCCUGGUCUCUGUGCGCACCUGUACUCACAUUGUGACACGUCAGCAGUGCCAGGUCAGCAGCCAACUGGGAGAAAGGGCAGGAGGAGGAUCUCAGCAGCAGCGGCUGCUAUUGGUCGCAGAAGGCAUGGCCUGGGGGGUGCAGGCGCUGGGGAAUGGGGCGGCACAGGAGGUAGUUUGGGAAGUGUUUUGGGAGUGGGGGCAGGAUUAGGAGCAGGGAUUGCAGGGGAUGGACUGUUUUCUGCAUCUGGUGCGGAUUUUUUGUCUCAGUCUGCACCUUCCAUAUCUGACCUCUGGCCCGCCGGAGCUGCCUCCGCUUCGGCCCUAGCCAGCUCCGUGAUAGGUUCGGUGUCUAGUUCGGUUCGGGAUGCCCUUGCCUCUGCUUCUGCUGCUGCUGUUGAAAAUGCGAUUUCUGGUGGUGUUGCUGCUGCUACUUCUGCUGGUGGUAGCAGUGCCGCGCCAGCUCCUUCUGCUGCUGUGAGUGGUGCUGCUGCAGGUGGUGGUAUGGGUCCUGGUGUGGCUGGUGUUGCUGCUGCUGUGGACCCUCUGGCUACUGCAGCAGGUGGGCAGGGACUAGCGGGAGGAGUAGUAGGAGCAACGGUUGGAGCAGCAGUAGUAGCGACAGCAGUGGGAGCACACCCCUCUCACCAACAGCAGCAGCAGCAGCAGCAGCAGCCGCAGCAGCAGCAGCUGCACCAAGGCCAAUUGCACCAGCAUCAACAGCAUCUUCAUCAUCAACAACAGCAGCAGCAGCAGCAGCAGCAGCAGCAGCAGCAGCAGCAGCAGCAACAUUUCCAGCACCAGCAACACACGACUGCAGCACCAGCAACAGUAUCACCAGCAGGCAUACUCCCAGGAUCAGCAGCAGCAGCAUCGUUACAUGCAGGCUCACAUAACCCCAGCCACCCAAACCCUCCUGCUGCUGCUUCCCUCGUCCCUUCUACCUCCCCAGCACCACCGGUGGAAGGUGCAUCUGGGGGAGGUCUCAACUGGCAGCGGUUUUGGCACGAGUUUGCAGGGGACCACUGCAGGGCGGAUCUGAUCUGGAAUGAGCGAACCAGGCAGGAGCUGAGGGAGGCUCUUCAGGGGGAGGUACAUCUGCUGGACGUGGAGCAGGAGCGGUUUAUGGGGGGAGGGGCAGAGGAGGACAGGCGAGGGGAGAACGAGCUGGAGAAGGGAGGGUCUAGUGGGGGGGGUGAUGGGGAGGAGGAAGGGGGGGUUGUACUCAGCUGGAAUUUCGCGGAGUUCCGAGUGCGCUAUCGGUCGUUGGCCUCGGAACUGUGUGUGGGGGGGUAUUACCUCCGCCUCUUCCUCCACCCAGGUGCGCUUGAGGGCCAAACAGAUGGUGCCUCUGCAGCGGAUGAUGAUGACUCUGCGGCUUCUCCCAGCAGUGCUGGUCAGUUAGUCUCAGGAGCAGGAGCAGCAGGGGUGGCAGGUGCAACGGGCGCUCCAGGGACGGCAGGAGCAGCAGCAGUGGCAUCGAUUCGGGACCCUGCUGCAUUCUUCCGGUCGUUGUACCACCGCUUCUUGAGAGAAGCGGACAUGGGGCUCGUGGUGGAUGGGCUAGAUGCUUCACAGGACCUCGCAAGGCUGAGUGAGUGGUGCGACCCCACAGGCGAGGACUGCUUUGGGGGGGCCCAGCUGCAGCAGUCUGCUACAGGAGGGGAUGGAGGAGGAGGGGGGGAAGGAGGAGGCGUGGGAGGAGGAGCAGGAAAGGGAAAGAGGCAGGGAGAGAAGGGAGGGGGGACGCUGAACAACACGGUCCGGGAGCUGUGUGCGCGGGCCAUGGCGAUUGUGUACGGGCAGUAUGGGGCUUUGAUAGGCCCGUUUGAUGGCACUGCUCAUGUCACGCUGCUGCUGGAUCGGACCAUGGAUAGGACGCUCAGGCACCGCCUGCUGCUACUGCUUCAGGCAUUGGUACAAGUGCGGGAGAAUGCGAGUGCCUGUGUGGCGGUGGGUGGCUGUGAGCUGGCAGUGGAUCUCCUCUGCUCCGCACAUGACGCCCAUGAACGCACCUCCAUCCCCCUCCAGUCCAACCUCCUGGCAGCCACGGCCUACACGGAGCCCCCUAAAGAAUGGUUCUACAUGCUGCCCAACGGGGGAAGGGUGGGGCCGGUGCAGAAGGAUGCAGUGAAGCAGGCGCGGUGGCGGGGGGAGAUCGAGUGGGGCAGCAGGUGCUGGGCGGCAGGGUGGGACGAGUGGAGGCGGGUGUGUGAUGUGAGGGAGCUGCGGUGGGCCAUGGCGUCUGGUGUGGCUAUCCUGACGCCUGCUCAGGUCGGUGAAACGGCACUCGACAUCCUCCUAUCCCUCGUCUCCUCCUCUUCCUCCACCUCCUCCUUCCACCUCCCCUCGUUACAAUCACAUCCUGCAUCCGCCAAUGGCCCAUCAGAAGUGCUAGUGGGAAGCGGGGGAGCUUAUGCCGGCGAUGGUUCAGCUACUGCCAGUGGUGCUGAUAGUGUUGGGGGGAGUAUGGGGCGGGAGAGGGGAGGAGGGGAUGUGCUGGUGCCGAUGCCCAGGGUCAAGAGGGCUUUGUGCGACCCCAGAUGCCUGCCCCACAUUGCACAGGCCAUUCUUACCAACGAGCCUGCUAUAGUGGAGAAAGCCGCGCUGCUAUUGGAGGAGAUCGUGCGCUACAAUCCAACAGUUGCCACCCGCCUGUACAUGACAGGCGUGUUCUUCUUUGCAUUCGCUUAUGGUGGCUCCAACUUCGGGUCAAUGGCAUCCCUCUGCCAUGCCACACACACACGCCAGUCAUAUGUGAGUGGCAUAGAAGCAGCGGACAUGGCGUCUCAACCCUUGUCCAAGCGCAGCAUUCUGGGAGUGCUGCUGCCGGAGAGCCUGCUCUACGUGCUCGAGAGGCGGGGCGCAGCAGCGUUUGCUGCUGCUGUCGUGGCGGACUCUGAUUCGCCGGAACUCAUCUGGACGCAUGCCAUGCGAGGCAGUGUGCUCAUCCCUCAGAUCCUCUCCCACUUGGGAGACUUCCCUCAGCGCCUCUCCCAAUUCUCCAGGGCGCUGUAUGACCACACGCCCAUGCCGCCCGUCACAUACCCCGAGCUCAAGGACGAGAUGUGGUGCCACCGCUACUACCUCAGCAACCUGUGCGACGAGAUCCGCUUCCCUGAUUGGCCCAUUGUGGAGCACGUGGAGUUCCUCCAGUCGCUGCUCGCCAUGUGGCGCGAAGAGCUGGCGAGGAAACCCAUGGGGAUAUCAGAUGAGGAGGCGUGCGCCAUUCUGGAGAUUCCCACCGACAAGCAGCAGCCAGCCUCGUCCGCCCCAGGCACAGCCUUCCCUGCUACAAGACAAGGCGUGCAAGUGGACGAGGACGUGCUGAAGCGGCAGUACCGGCGCAUGGCAGUCAAAUACCACCCGGACAAGAACCCCGAGGGGAGGGAGAAGUUCAUAGCCGUGCAAAAAGCAUAUGAGCACCUGCAGUCCGCCAUGCAGGGCUUGCAGGGGCCGCAGACCUGGCGGGUUCUGCUGUUGCUCCGAGCGCAGAUUAUUCUGUUCAGGCGGUAUCCGACGGUGCUUGAGCCGUUUAAGUACGCUGGGUUCCCACUGCUGCUGCAGCUGCUGCGACUGGAGGAUGGGGAUGGGCCGUCAGGUGGAUCUUCAGGUGGUGUUUCAGGGGAGGAUGAUGAGGCAGAUGCAGCGGCAGCAGGGGAUGGUGGGAAGGCAAGGCAGCAGCAGGAGGGGGCAUCUAGUUUCCUUUCGCCAGAGCGGUCACAGCUUCUGCAAGCAGCAACUCAGCUGCUGUGGCUCAUCUGUGCCUGCUCCUCUCUCAACGGUGAGGAGCUCUUGCGAGACGGCGGCUUGCCUCUCCUCACCACCCUCCUCUCCCGCUGCCUCUCCCUCCUCUCCCCAUCCUCCUCCCCCACUGACCCUCCCGCUGUCAUCGCCACUCACAUCCUCCGCACCCUUGCCAUUCUUGCCGCCUUCCCCUCGGCUCGGACCGAGGUUCGGACAAACCCAGCCUGCGCGGCAGCCUUGGUGCCGGACCUGGUGGUAGCCACGGAGCUGGAGAGCUCGCCUGGAGCAGUGGAGGCAGCUCUGGAGGGGAUUUUCCACCUGGCGCUGUCAAAGGGGUUGAGAGAGAGGCUGCUGCGAGCAGGGGCACUGUGGUAUUUGCUGCCGUUGCUGUUUAAGUAUGAUGCUACGGCAGAUACUGCUCCGGAUACCAUGAGCAGCAGCAGCAAGAGUGCGGGCACAGCCAAUGGAGACAGCACCAGGGCCCCGCUUCCAUCGGCCUCCCUUUCCCCUUCACCGUUUCUUGCUCUCCCGUCUUCAUCACACACGCUCUCUACCCCUCUCUCCUCAACCACCAUCACCAACACAGGCGGCACUAUCAGCAGCAUCAAUACCACUGCCUCCGCUUCCUCCUCCCCUGCCCCUUGUGCUGCUGGCGCCACGAACCAAUCAGCAAUCGGGGCAAAUAUCCAGUCAGCGCGCAACCUACAUGCUGUGUUGGCAGCACGGGCUAUAGCCCGGCUCACAGGGUAUCUCAGAGAGAGAAGCGGGUUCGGGGAGGGGGGAGGGGAGGAGGAGGGAUGGGGAGAUGGGGAGGGGGAGGAGGGGUCAGCAGAUGCGGCAGCGAGGGGAGCUGUGAAGGUGCUGCUGACGCCGAGGCUGGCUGCUAGGCUGGGAGAGAACUCGCCUGUGGGGCUGCUGAAGGCCCUGACUAGCAACGUGGCGAGUCCUCAGGUGAUAUGGAACAGCAGCAUGAGGGUGCAGCUGCUGCGGUUCCUGGAGGACAGGAGGGGGCAGAGAGAGGCAGAUGGGUCGUAUGCUGUGGAUGCCUGCCAAACGUUCGUGUACGGUGCACUGGAGGAUGAGAUCCAGGUGGGAGACAUCUAUCUCCGCCUGCUCAUCCAGCAGCCCGACUACCCUCUUUCGGAUCCAGAGUCUCUCUCCGCUGCUCUGGUGCCUUUCCUGCACGACAUGUGCGCCCUGCUCCCCAUCCUCCACCACUCCCUCUCGCACCAUCUUCCCCUCCCCCCGGCUGCUGCCCUGCUGCUGCAAAAGUGGGACAGGCGGGGUACAGAGGAGGAGGAGGUUGAGGGGGGAGAGGAAGGGAGGGGGGGAAGUGAAGAGGAGAAGAGAGGUGGAGCUGGGGAGGGAGAUGGCGGAGGGUUUAGGAUACCAGACGAUUGGGAGAUGGAUGGGGGAGGAGGGACGAGAGAUAGGGGGGGAGGGGAGGAGAGGAAGAGGAGGAAGGCAAGGGAUGUGCGAUGGGUGCUGGAGAAUAUAAUAAUGGCUCUCACAUCCCUGCAUAACGUCCUCUCUACCUCUCCCUCGGCCGCAGCUGCCGUCGCUUCCCCUUCCUCCCUCGCCCCUCUCUUCACCUGUAUCUCUCUCACCAUCCCCCCACUCCCUGCACCACCCUCCCUCUCCUCCUCCACGCCAUCCUCUCUCUCCUCUGCACACAUAGAGGCCAAAAUCCGCCACCUAUCCCUAGCUGUCUUGACCAGACUCACAGGAUUCGCGCCAAGUGUCGCUGCAAUGGUGUCAGACCAAGGGUCUCUCCUCAUGCUCCUGCUGCUGCUCGUGCGAUCGCCGCAAUCUCGGCCGUCCAUUCUGGCCAUGCUGCAGUCGCUGGCAGGCACGCCUGAGCUGGCGUGGGUGGUGGCGAAGCAGGGGGGCAUCAUCUUCCUCCUCACCCUCCUGCUCCCUGCUCCUGGAGACGACGUCCCCCACCCUAUCCGCGUCACCACCGCCCUCCUCCUCUCCGCCCUCCUCUCCCAGCCCCUGCACGGCCCGCGUGUCUUCAUCUCCCUCUCCCGCUUCCUCCCCCCCGGCCUCCUCUCCUUCCUGCGGGACGGCUCUGGGGAAGCAGCCAUAGCUGCUCUCUCCCAAACCACACAGACCCCUGAGCUUGUCUGGUCUCCCGCCCUCGCGCUGAAUCUCGGCCGUCGGAUUGCGCUUCUGGCUGCUGAGGUUGUACGGAUGGUGGAGAUUGCACGGAGGUCUGGUGGUGGGGGGAAGGCAGGAGAGGGUGGUGCUUCUGUGUUCGGAGGUCUAACCUCUUUUGAGUGGGAUCCGCCUGAUUUAGUAGGUGGUACUGGUGGUGCCACUGCAGGCGUUGCAGCAGGUGCUGGUUCAGGUGGUCCAGGUGGGGCAUCAGGCGCAACAGACAACAGUCUGUUGAAUUCACCUGAAGAGGGGGAUGAGUGGCAGGUAGGCGGCGUUUACAUCCGUCUGUUUCUCAAGGAUCCCAAGUACCCCCUGCGCAACCCCAAGCGAUUCCUGGAGGGCCUUCUUGACCAGUACGUGCGUGCCACAUCAGCUCUGUUCGCUCCUGCUGCCCCAGCUCCACCAGCAGCAGCAACAGCAGGAGCAGGAGGAGCAGCAGCAGCAGCAGCAACAGCAUCACCGGCGGUAGGGAGGAGGUCGGUAGGAGCAGCAGCAGUGACAGCAGCAGCGGACAGAGUGGAAAUUCUAGCAACAGCGCUCAUCUCCCUGCUGCGAGUGCAGCCACUCCUGAGUGAACACGUGGCUCUUCUGGGCUACGUGCCAAAGCUGCUGCUGCUCACAGCAGCAGAGGGCCAACUGCUAACUGCCGCCGCUGCUGCUGGGGGUUCCUCUCCUGCUGCUUCCACUGCAGCUGCUACAGCAGGAGGGGCGGCAUCAGCUGUACCUGCAGGGGCAGGGGGGUCGUUGGGUGGGGUGAGGGGAGGUUUAACAGAGGCAGAGGCGGAGGCGGAGGCGAGGAGGCAGGCGGGGGAGAGGGCGCGCAUGUGCUCGUUGAAGAUCCUUCACCAGAUAGCCGCCAAUGGGCCCUGCGCUGAGGCGCUUGCUGUCCCAGGCGCCAACGCCCCCCAGGUGAUAGCGCUCCUGAUGCGGGCGAUAGGGUGGGCGGGAGCAGCCGUGCUCGCAUUGGAAACCAUGAAGAGGCUGCUGGGACUGGCGAACCGAUCCCGAGAUGCCAUUGUUGCCCAGGCGCUCAGGAACGGCCUAGUACAGGUCAUGCUCGCAAUUCUUGACUGGCGGGCAGGCGGAAAAGCUUCGCUAGCUGCCCGGAUGCGGUGGAGCGAAUCAGAGGCAGCGGUGGGGCGAGUGCUGGCAGUUGAAGUAUUGAAGCUGUUGGCAGCAGAUGGGGCCUACUCCAUCCGCGUGCUUGAGAUUCUCAACGGCUCUGAGGUGUGGCGGGCGUUCAAGGACCAGAAGCACGACCUGUUCCUCCCCACCAACGUGCAAUCAUCAGGAGCCGGAGUGGCCGGCCUGCUGCAGGGGCCUGGCUCUGCUGCCCUCGCCCUCCCCGCUCCUGCUGCGCCUGCCACCACCACUGCCCCUGCUGCUCCUGCCGCUGCUCCUACUGCUGCCGCUGCUGCUGCUCCUGCUGCUGCACUUUCCUCUUCACCUGCCCAUCCUAUGGCUGCUGGUGGAAACAUCGCCUCUUCUACUGCUGCCUCCUCCACACGUCCAUCCCCAGCCGUACCGGCUCACCACUCACCAUCCCCAGCCCCUCAUCAGCCCCAUGUCUCGCACUCCUCUCCCUCCCUCCUGCCUCUCUCCUCCAUGCCCAACCCCAUCACUCCCUCCCAUCCUGUAACCACCCACUCUCAUCAUGUAACCACGCCCUCUCGUCCUGUUACUACUGCGGUCUAUUCCUCUCCUGCCUUAACAGCAGCUCUCCCCACACCUAACCCAGGCCGCGCACCCUCCCCUUCCUUCCCUGCUGCUGUCCCAACCACUCCAUCAUUCCCGAACCACUCCCAAGACUCGGACCCGCUCCUAGGUUCGGCACCAGGGCUGGCAUCAGUAUCGGGGGGUGCGGUGGGGUUUGCAGGCAUCAGACGGGGUUCUGAUGUUUUGGGUACAGUUACGAAUGACAUGGCAGCUUCGGCAGCAGCAGCAGGUUCAGUCCGUGCCUCCACAGCAAUUGCAGGUUUGGCAGCACCUGCAGUGGUGUCAGCAUCGGAUUUUGAUCGUGUGGUGGAGGAGAAAAUGCAGGGAGGGAGCGUAAGUGGGGCUCCCUCCCAGGUGCUUGGUCAGGUACCUGGUCAGGCGGUUCAGGUAGCUGGGCAGGCUGGGCAGCAGAAUGUUGCUGGUGGGGGGAAGACAAGGGCUGAGGAUGAAGGGUUUCUGGUGCUGGGAGCUCAAGAGAAUGAGGGUUUUGGGGAUGAUGAGGAGGAGGUUGCAAGGCAGCCAAUAGGGCUAGAAGCUGCACCCUUGUAGAUUUUUUCUAGAGGGGCACACCCUUGUUGCCGCGAAUAUUUUGGCUUCGACACAAAGGGUAAGGAAGCCAAAAUUUAAACGAAUCAUUCAUAGCAAAUAUAGAUGCCUGUCUCACUUUAUAACACAACUGCUUGUGCAGGUGUAGCCUGAAAUAACUAUGAACAACGCGC